AUGGCAAUCAGUCAGUCUGUAGUUGGCCGUGCCAACGCAGAGAAGCCUCACGGUCUCAAAGGCUUUAUCUCAAACCCAUAUGUCUUCUUUACCUGUUUGUUUGCGUCGCUGGGUUGUAUCAUGUAUGGUUACGAUUAG